CAGAAAACACUACAAACACAAAACCAAAAGGACCACGAGGGGUCAAAAAAUAAAAGGGGAUUAACAAACACUAAAUAACACAACCUAAAUACACAUCUAAAACUGGGAAUCUCUGACAUAACCAUCAAACACAAUCAAUACCAACCAACAACACCACAACACACACAAUGAACCACUGGGGAACUGAACAGAAGCAGGAACUAAAAUACUAAGGGGUAGCGAGACUAACACAGGACAGGUGAGGCUAAUUAAGAAAGACCAGGGAAACGGGGUACAAGUGAAACUAAUACUCAAAGGAACUAAACAGGAAAACUAAGAACUACCCAAGGAAUCAGAACACUGGGGAAUUACAGACAGGUAAAGACAAGCAGGGGCACAAGGAACAAAACCAAAAACCAUAUACAAAAUCACUAAAUACAAUAACUAGACAAACUGAACUGAAACACUAGGGAGCAAAAUACAAAAACAGGAGGUGGGAUUCAAACACAGGACAGAAGAUACAAAGACAACCGGAUGCUCAAGGUGUUGAGCCAUGAGGCCAACAGAACAGGAUAAACUAAAAGACAAACAUGAAGGACGGGAUGACCAGCAAUGCCUGCUAACCAAACGGGGAAGGGACACAGAGUGACAACAGGGGCUGACCCUGACAGUACCCCCCCCACCUAACGCGUGGACACCGGACGCGCGCAAGGGCACUGCCAGGGCCACAAAUAACGGGUGUACAAGACUAAGACACAGCACCGGACAGGGAAACCACUUAACGAAAACCAAGGAACUGGACACACAGAACCAAGAACUCAGACAAGAGGGGAACAAAAACAGAUGGGGCAGACACCAGGAGCUGGGACAAGAAGAUUAGACGAGGGAACACAGCAGGGGGCAGAACUUGGGGACCAGGAACAAACGGACGUGGACACUGAGGAACAGGACCAGGGACAUGAGAAUGAAAUUGUAUAGGGGAACCGGAAGGGAAAGGAACAAAAGGAGCAGGGAGUGGGAAAGGAGCAGGGACAUGAGACUGGGAUGGAAAUGGGGCAGAUAAACUGAAAGGGAAGGGCAAAAAUGGGACUUGUUGGGGCAGCUGGCCAGGAAACCGAAAAGGGAAAUGUUGGGUAGGAGGUGGGCUUUGUGGCCGACUGGAGGGCAAGGAGGAAUGGACUGCAGGACGAGGACAGGAACUGGAGGGUGAUAAGGAAUGGACUGCAGGACGAGGACAGGAACUGGAGGGCGAUGAGGAAGGGAGUGCAAGACUGGAGGGUGAUGAGGAGGUGGCUGCAAGACUGGAACUGGAGGGUGACAAGAUGGCAGGAUGGGAACAGAAAUUGGAAGACACCAACGAAGGAACUGAACAGAAGCCUGUUGCUGACCCGCCAGACCUGCCUGGCAGAGCAGAGGCGGCGACCCCCUGUGGGCCGGGCGCGGGUGGAGCUGGGGCCGUGGAGUCAGGUGCGGGCGGUGCAGGUGCCUCGGAGGGCGGCACCGCAGCUGCCAGGUCUGGCGGGUCAGCAACAGGCAGGUCUGGCGGGUCAGCAACAGGCAGGUCUGGCGGGUCAGCAACAGGCAGGUCUGGAACAGUGGGAGGCAGAGUAUUGACCGCCAGUGCUGGAACCUCUGGAGGCUUGGAAACCAUGGAGGCCAGAGCAGGGGUUUGCUCUUUUGCAGUGGUCGUCGCCCGUGUAGGAAUCCUGGGGACCCGCGGGAUGGCGUCCCCAACCAACCUGGCCCCUUUAAGAGCCAGGCGCGUACCUACAAAGGGGCGAGCUGCCAGCACUGGCAGCGAAGGAGCAGGCAGGUGCACUGCACUCCUAGGCUGCAUUGCCAUGAUGCCUUCCCCUGGGCAGGGCUCGGGCAUCGCGGCGGCGGCAGCGGCUGCGACCUCCCCUGGGCAGGGCUCGGGCAUCGCGGCGGCGGCAGCGGCUGCGACCUCCCCUGGGCAGGGCUCGGGCAUCGCGGCAGCGGCGGCUUGUUCACUGGACCUUGGGUCAGGUACUUCAGGCGACCCUGCCAGGUCCACCAGAUGCCAAAAUACUCUCUCUAUCCUACAUACCUCCUCCUCCAGAGAGGCAGGAGAGAGCUGGAGAAGUUGGUUGCCAGCUUCUGUCAGGGCUUGGCACAACCAUGGUGACUGGAGGACAGUUGGGGUCAGGGAUAGCCAUUUCCAGGCAUCCUGAAGAGAGCAGAGCUCCUCCAUACGAGCCCAGACGGCAUCCAGAACUUCAGGGGGGGCAGGUGUCCCAGAGCCUGGGGAUCGUCCUUGGGAGUGGUUCAUUCUGUUAGGGGUACAGGCAGCUCGGGCAUGCAAAAGAGGCAUGGUGCAGGCACAGAAAGGAUGAACGACCCACUUCUGGCUCAAAGAACAAAAAACAUGGUUUAUUUAACUGAACUAAAAAAACACAAGGAACACAAGGCACAACCAAAGGACCACAAGGGGUCAAAAACUAAAAGGGGAUUAACAAACACUAAAUAACAAAACCUAAAUACACAUCUAAUACUGGAAAUCUCUGACAUAACCAUCAAACGCAAUCAAUACCAACCAACAACAACACACACAAUGAACCACUGGGGAACUGAACAGAAGCAGGAACUAAAAUACUAAGGGGUAGCGAGACUAACACAGGACAGGUGAGGCUAAUUAAGAAAGACCAGGGAAACGGGGUACAAGUGAAACUAAUACUCAAAGGAACUAAACAGGAAAACUAAGAACUACCCAAGGAAUCAGAACACUGGGGAAUUACAGACAGGUAAAGACAAGCAGGGGCACAAGGAACAAAACCAAAAACCAUAUACAAAAUCACCAAAUACAAUAACUAGACAAACUCAACUGAAACAC